AUGGAUCACACAGGAUGCUUGGCCUUUGAGCAGGUCCAUGUUCAUGAUGUCUACGACCAGAUUGCGGAACAUUUUUCCGCUACUAGGUACAAGCAAUGGCCACAGGUGCUGAAAUAUCUUCAAUCCUUGCCUUUUGGGUCUAUCGGAAUUGAUUUGGGCUGCGGAAAUGGGAAAAAUAUUUAUGUCACCAAGAAUUCAUUUACUAUCGGCACCGAUCGAUGCGUUUCUCUGUUGCGACAUGCGCAGGCAGGGAGCCGGACCGUUUCUGGCGAUCUUGUUUGUGCCUGCAUGCUUUCAACAAUUCUCAGACAAUGUUCAAUGGAUUUUGCCCUCUCCAUUGCCACCAUCCACCAUCUCGCAUCUCGGGAAAGGCGACUGGAGGCAUUGAGCGAGAUUUCUCGUGUUCUUCGAACAGGAGGCACGGCCCUAGUUUUCGUUUGGGCCUUUGACAAUCAAGAUGCCACCAAGAGCUCUGUACUUGCAAUCAUGUUAAUCAUAGAAAUUUGUGACCAUCGAAGGAACAGAAACAAUGAUCAACUGGAAUACAGCGACGGGGGCUGUGCAUCAGAGGUAUGCAAACCGGCUUAUUGUAGAUACUAUCAUCUAUUUAAAGAGGGGGAGCUUGAACAGUUGAUAGCGUGCAUCCCAUCGUUGGUUAUUCGGCUGACAGGCCGCGAUGCUGGAAAUUGGUUCGCCAUUAUUGAGAAAGUUGAAUUUAAAUAA